CCAUUUUGCAUGAGGCCCUAUGAAUUUUGUUCUGUUGUCCAACAUUGCACUUUGGUCACAUAUGCAUGUAUUUUUGUCCUCCCGUGCGUUACCUAUCUCUACUCAAGGGCUCGUUUGCCAAUCAACCGGGAAGAAGACAAUGGACGACUUGAAUAGUCUCACGUGACGUGUGCCCAUCCCCGGCAGUUUCCAGUUCAGUUUCCUUCUUCCAAUGAAUCGUCCGCUAGUCCGAAAAUUUAGCCCUGGGAAAUUGCUGUGUAUAUAUAACUGAUCACACCGUCCAUCUCUCAAUUGUUGGUUUUCCAGACAGUAAAUUCCGAUUCAAUCAUCUUUUGUUCGACAGACUUCAAAGUAACGAGAAAAUGUCGAGGGCUGUUGUUCCCACAGCAACGAGCGGUGACCCCGUAGAGCUGUACAAGUUGGUGACGAAGGAUAUUCCUAAAGCUGGUCCAGGAAAUGUCGUUGUUCGAAUGACCCUCCGCCCUGUGAACCCCACAGACUCGCUCGUGAUUCAGUGGGGCUUGUGGGAACAUCUCGACCUCGACCAGCUUGUUAUUGGUUCUGAGGGGACCGGACUCGUCUACGAGUUGGGAGAGGGAGUGACCAACUUCAAGAAAGGACAGAGGGUUAUUCCACUCAUUUCCACACGAUACUAUCCCGAAGGAUUUGGGGUCUGGAGAGACUAUGUCGAGAUGCCCGCCAAGGACCUUGUUGCUGUUCCUGAUGAUAUCCCAGAUGAGUUUGCGGCUCAGUUCUUCGUCAAUCCAUGGGCUCUGUACCAAAUGUUGAAGAAGCUGAACACUCCAAAAGGAGAGUACAUCAUUCAAGGAGCAGCGGCCUCAGUCCUGGGAAGGCAAGUGAUUACUCUGGCAAAGCAUUGGGGUGUUAAGACUAUCAACAUCGUGCGGAGAGAUUCACAUAUUCAGGAAUUGAAGGACAUCGGAGCCGACUAUGUUUUGAAUUCUGAGACAGAAGACAUUCCUGCCAAGGUGAAUGAAAUCACGGGAGGAAAGAAAGCUUAUGGAGCUUUGGAUCCGGUACUUGGUGAGAUGACGAAGAUUUUGUGCGCAAGUGUACGAAACGGCGGUGAAGUUCUGGCCUACGGUGCGCUGUCAGGCAAUGAACUCAAGUUGGAUGUUAAGGAUCUGAUGAGGGGUGUGGACUUGAAAUUCUUCCUGGUGAACGGACUCCUCGAGAGAGAAGAGACCACGAAGGAGAUUUUCGAACUCAUGAGGCAGAAGGUGCUUGCGCCUCUGUCAGGAAAGAAAUUUGCCCUGGAGGAAUUUAGGGAAGCUAUCAUUGAAGGCAACAAGCCAGGUCGGGGCGGGAAGGUUUUCUUGGAAAGCUACGACAAUUAAUUUUAUAAUGUGGCGUUUACUUGCAGCUAUUCUGGUAAAAGUUUUGUUUGUUUAGUCAGUAGAAAUUUAGAAGCCAUUGAGUUCUGUUUAGAUGCAUUCGUGAAUAUUGUAUAGCAGGAAGCUCAGUUUCUAUCGGUAAAGGAGGGGUCGUGCUAGAAUUAUAUGUUUCCGAAUAAAGCGUACUCGAAAGCUGCUUGUCCUGAGCAACAAUACGUUCAGCUGGGCGAAGUUAAUAGAGAAAUUUUCUAGAAUGAUUUUCUUGUUCGGAAAUUUAAUACAUCAAGCAAUUAUUGC